AUGGAUGUCUCCCUGUUGUCUAUACGACUAGACCAGGAGACAAACCGCAAGGUCAUCAACGAACAGUACAGAAUCAUCAAGAAAAUCGGUCAGGGCCAGUAUGGAAAAGUCCUUCUAGGCGAGACUACAGUUACCUCGACUUGCCAGGACAAGUAUGUGGCCAUCAAGACGAUAAACCGGAUAGACAGAAAGAGACUCAUAACCAAGACUUACUUGAGCCAAGCGACGAAGAUUAAGCGAGAGAUUGAAAUCAUGAAGGAAUGUAGCCAUCCGAAUGUAGUUAAACUAUACCAAGUUAUAGAUGACAUGAAGUUCGACAAAAUCUUGUUGAUACUCGAAUAUUGCAAAUACGGCGAAAUAGACUGGAAGCACUAUAACCACUACUACGAGAAAUAUCAGAAACACUACAAUGAUAGAAAGCCUUUAACUAUCAAUAAGAUUCUACGAGAUGUCAUAAACGGCUUGGAAUAUCUACAUUCAUACAAAAAAAUUAUUCACCGAGACUUGAAACCGUCGAAUCUCUUGAUCAACAGCGAUAACACCAUCAAAAUUUCAGAUUUUGGAGUCAGUUUGAUCCUCGAAAACAAUGCUAACGACGCUAAGGAAUUGGGUAAGACCAUGGGGACCCCAGCGUUCUUUGCUCCGGAGCUCUGCCAGUUUGUAAAUAAUAGAUACUCCAUGAUCACCAAUGCUAAUCAUAGUGGGAACAAGGUGCAAAUAGAUCACAGGAUCGAUAUAUGGUCCUUGGGUGUAACUUUAUACUGUCUCAUGUUCAACAAUUUGCCCUUUAAUGGGAGUAACGAGUUUGAGAUGUUCCAAAGCAUAGUAAAAGAAGAGUUGAAGUUUCCUGUAUUAAAACACUCAUCCAGGACUACAGAAGCUGAUAUCAGAGAAGUAAAGCUAUUAAAAGAUUUGUUGCGUAGAUUGCUUGAGAAAGAUCCACAGAGAAGAAUCUCUAUAGAACAAGUUAAGAAUCACGACUUCACCACCUUCGAUUUGGACGAAAUUGAAACUCGCAAGUUCCAUAAUUUCAACAGAGCUAUCUUCAGAGAUGCCGACAAGAAGGGAGAAAAACAUGUCUCUGACUUGAAUGCGAGGGCGGAACAGGAUUCUGCAUUUAGUACGAGAAUUAAAAGACUAUUCACAAGCAAGACGGACACCAAGCCAGUGUCUCUUCCUUUGCGCAAAUCAACUGAGAUCAACAAUACUCCGACCAACAGCAAUUUAACCAUAGAUCAAACUGAAGACUUGGAGCCUCUAGAUGAUCUCUUAGAUUCGUAUUUGGACGACUCAUCGUCGGCGGAUUCCUUAGGAAGCGAUGUUGAACAGGAUGUAGAUACUUCUGAUAUUUUGGGAGAAAACAAUGAAAAUGGUAAGCUCGACAGCGUUAAAAUCACGAGCUCAAGCCACGAUACGCUUUUUAGUGUCAAGCCCAAGCCAUUACAGUUAUCAGACACUUCUUCUUUCGUGCCUCCAAGACCAUUCAGUACGAAUUCUUCACCUCAGGACAAUUCUACAUGGAAACCUCCUAGACCCUUCAUUACACCUACAAAUAAUCAUUUCACAACCAUCGGAGCCAGUUCUCCAUCUUCAUUCAAGUCUAUCUUCAGUCCUUCAAAGAGGUUCUUUACAAGCAAUAAAGGCAAGAAGGAAGAUACAGAAGCAAAGAAUCCAACCAUCAGUUCGUUGUCUUCUCCCACAGCAAUUCGUAAUGGGGCCAAUACUUCCAAAUCUACUUAUACGGAUUUGAUGGAGCCACCGCCAAUUUUCGCUGGACACAGCACCUUCACUAAUUCACCGAAGAAUGACAACAUCGUACCAAACUCUCGUGUCAGCGUGCUCCCCGCUUCUGGCUAUGGACUCAGCCGAAUCACGAGUUCGAGCUCAUCGCUUAAUUUGAAUGCCUACCUUACCGACGACAGCUAUACGGAAAAAAGUUCCAAAGUCGGUAAAUUACGAACAUUUUCAAGUGUAUCUAGAGAUGACAAAGUUGAAGUGGAUGGUGACACCAAUGACAUUGACGGAGAUGACGACGAUGUUGGCAACGAUACUGUGGUAAUUGCUGACGAUUCUGGACCCAACAGGAAAUUCAAAAACAUGAACGACUAUCUCGAUAGCUUGAAUUGA